AUGCUACUCAAUCCCACUCACGAAAUCACGUUCAGUGGACUUCCAGGCGAUGUCCUUGAUGCGUAUGUCCGCUACAAGAAAGGGACUCGUGCCAUUGUCGGCUGGAUCGUGCAGUAUGCGCCCGAGUACGCUGGAGCCAAGAGGCUACCUCUUCGGGAAUUGAGCAGACUGGUCAGAUCGCUCGCUGGGAGGAUCAAGGCUUUGCCCGAUGUUGUUCACUUCCAUUUCCGAGAGACUAUUGCCGCCCGCCAUCAGCUCAGCAAGUAUUUCAGGUGCUUCCGCAAUGAGUCUGUGGACCAAAUAUCUGCCACUGUCGAUCAUGAGCAUUUCACAAAUAGCUUAUCAGAGAUCUAUACCAAUCUUUGCUGCAUCUGCGAAGAACCUAAAUCAGCAUGCGGUCAAGCCACUUCUUCCAAUGCUUCCGAUGUCGUUAAAAAGCGGUCAAGCAACCUUUUUGAUGGACUCGUAGUCGAAGAGCCACCACUUGUCGACGACCGCGAGCUGGCAGGUAUCUCUGCAGAAUGUGAGGCUUGCAAACUUGACUCAAGUCCGACCAGUCAAGGCUCAUUGAAGGAAGUUUGUCUGUCUGAUGAUCAUCUGGGCUGCACCAUCGAGUAUGUCUCGAUUCUUCAGGAAAUGUGUCAGACGAUGAAGGCCGUAGGAGAUGUCUGGAGGCAUGCUGCACGGGGUGACGUUUCCUUUGUGUCUGCCGCUUUCCUCACUAACGUUGGGCACGCUUCGUUGCUGAAGAUGGACCAACGGAUGCGGGACAUAGACGAAGACAUCACCAUUCACAAGCUGAGAGAGGGAUGUUGCGCCCUUGAGCCGACCGCACUUGACGAAGAUGACAGCUGUGACUGGUCUCAACUGCUCGAGCGACUGUCAAAAAGCGAACAAGCUGUUGCCCAUGUCCUGCAGGCACACGUCGACCCGACAUCUCGUCGACCCUGUCUCCAGAGACCGGCAGACUUCAUCGUUUCCGACCAGGAACCGUCCAACGCUUCUGCAUUGGUGCCCGCAAUAGUGGAGAAUAUCGUGGCAUUGGUACAAUAUUCGACACCGCCAAGCGCGAUAGUUAUGAACAGCUCGCCCGUCUACGCAGACAUGGGCUACGCAAUCAAUAAUGGUGCUGACGCUGCCAAAGGCUUGACAACUAUCCUAGGUAUGGAGUUAUUAAGUCAGUCCUACCAGUCCUAUGUACUGUCAAGCCCCGAUCCUGCGACAGUGCCUACAUGCAGACUCGGUGCUCUUAGGCUCGCGUAUGCUGCGUCAGGCAGCAUUGAGAAGACAAUAGAAGACCAAGACUGCUUCCCCUGUCGAUGCACGCAGACACUGGCAUUCCACCUGCAGAAUUUGGCUGUUGAUCUCAAAUGUUUCGGCGGCCAGAAAUGCUGGGAUCUGUAUUUUCAGUCCCCUUUUGUGUCGGGAUCGCACGUCCUGGAGAUACUGGAUCAAUGCCAGUACUAUGGCAACAAAUUACUCGUUUAUCGGCACUAUGCCGGGGCUCUAAUCCACUCAUACAACGUUCUAAAGCAGUUGGCCGCCAUCGAAGACAUCCCCUUGCUCGAGUACCUGCGCUCCACAUUCGCAGAUACCUGGUUCCCUGGUGGAGAGCUUCCCGUGAAGAGUUACCGGGCUGCUUGGACAAGAUACAUUGGUGCUCGAAUCAAGUUCAAGAAGGGGCAUCGCCGGAACAAGCAGAACAGUUGGUGCAUGGCAGUCCCACCUCACGCAGCCAGACAUGCCGCAGGGCUUGGUGUUGGCAGAAAUGAGCUGAAGCAAUCCAGCAGCAAGUCUUUGCUGUUUGCGGUCAAGGAGCAAGGCUACAACGUUGCGGACACCCAGUGGGAACGCGUCCACCCAGGAAGAGCGCAAGGAAAGGUGGACCAGGUUGACACGACGUCACUAGCUCUCCUACUACCGGUGGUCGAGGAGGAACUGAACCCAAGUAAGAGCGUGCUCCGGGGUCCUUCUAAAGCACGGCUUAAUUACUUCGACAUUUUCCGCUUGUGUGUCCGGAUUGUCCGUCGCAUUUCGGAGGCGACGCACACAGAUCCAAAAGAGAAGGGCAUGAACUGCAUCUGCUUCGUGAGCGCUCUUCUGGAAGGCGCGGACAGGAUUGUUGACGCCAGAAGCCUCGGUCAAGUGGUCGGCAAGGGUGCGUGUUGGACGAAGACCGAGCGCGAAGGAGUGGUCAAAGUCACGAUUGCUGCGAUGACAGAGGUCCUCGGCGGAAAGGAAGCCAGUGACUAUGGUUGGAGCUUCUGA